AUGGCUGCACUUUUCUACCUCUUAACCAUCACCCUUCUCUUUUCUUCCAUCUCCGGCGAACUGCAGAAUGAUUUUCCGGCAGAAAUUGAUGCUAAGAUGCUCGGAUUUCGCAAGGAAAAAAUCACCCAUUUCCGAGUUUAUUGGCACGACAUUUUAAGUGGGCAAAAACCGACUUCAAUCCGAAUCGUUAACCCACCUUCAAAUGUUCCAGCAUCCAACGGCUUCGGCAUAGUAAGUAUGAUUGACAAUCCACUAACAGCAGGCCCAGAAUUGAAGUCCAAAUUGGUUGGAAGAGCACAAGGGUUUUACGCUUUGGCUUCGCAAGAAGAAAUAGGGCUUUUGAUGACAAUGAAUUUCGUAUUUGGUGAGGGGAAAUACAAUGGAAGUACGAUCACAGUAAUGGGGAGGAAUGCAGUUUUGAAUAAAGUGAGGGAGAUGCCGGUGAUCGGAGGAAGUGGGCUUUUCCGAUUUGCUCGCGGCUAUGUUGAGGCAAGAACACAUACGUUUGAUCUCAAGACCGGAGAUGCUACGGUUGAGUAUAAUGUCUACGUACUUCAUUAUUGA